ACGAAGCCAGCCGUAGAUGGGAGCGUAUUAACUUGUAUUAGUCUUAAGAAGUCCGUGGUUUCUUGGAUAAGAUUAAUCAAAGAGACGUGGAACUUGGAACAUAAAGUUUUGCUCGCAAUCCAGGCUUAUUAACAAGAAACAUUUCUCCCAUGUGUCAUACGUUAUUUGGCGAUGAAUUAAGUACCAUAUUAAAACCAUUUUUAGUUUAAAUAGUUUAAAUAGUUUUUGUUUGAUAAUUGCGUUGUGUGAAAAUACAUUAAGUGAAUAUUUGGACAAUUUAAAUGAAAAAGUGCAGACAAUAAUUUUAUUUACAAAAUGCACCUCGUUUAAUCGAGUGCGUUAUGAGUACAUGUUAAAAAUCAUAAAAAGGUGAAACACAUAAGAAAAAACACAAAUGGCAAAUAUACUUUCAUCGAGUAAUCCAUAUUACAGUAUUGAGGCACUGAUAGGAUGUCAGAAGAAAGUCUUUGCAGGAGGAGAGAAUGCGCAAACGUCUCGGUUACCAAAGGUUCAAACCCACAACUUGAGUGGGGAUUGUCAUGUAGAUUUCAUGCAAAGGAGGAGUUACCAAAACGAUACACAGGGCGAACAAGGAUUGUUUGAUUUGAAGGAAUGUGAUGCACAGAAAAGCUUGGCAGGAAUGGCUACCAAAGGACACCGAAGAAAGGCGUACAGCAAUGGCAAUAAACAACUUCCGGAAUACGAAAAUGUGUCCAAGGAACAGCUGUUGAAAAAGCGGGAAGAAUCUAUCCACGAACUCAAUGAGUCUGAUGCGCGGAAGAAAACACGGCGCAAUCGGACUACUUUCACCACAUACCAGUUACACGAGCUCGAAAGGGCGUUCGAAAAAUCGCAUUAUCCGGAUGUGUACAGUAGGGAAGAGCUUGCGCUUAAAAUACACUUACCGGAAGUAAGAGUUCAGGUGUGGUUUCAAAACAGACGGGCAAAGUGGAGGCGCCAAGAGAAGCUCGAGAGCGCCGGUUUUAAACUGACCGAGAAUUUCCCAUUGUCGUCACUAAACUCCAUUUCCUGUAGAAGCGGUCCGGGGUCCCUCCCGCUCGAUCCGUGGGUGUCACAUCUGUCAUCAAAUUCUUUUGGUCAAUCGACGCAAGUAUCCAUGACGGCAUCACCUUCACCUCCUAUCUCUUCGCAGUUUGCGCAGCUUUUCUCGACAGCACCGCCGUUUUCCGGCGCGCACACACCAUCCCAUGUGUCUAAUGCGCUACAGAACUUAUUCGGUGGUUUCACGCGCAUUGAGGACGGGGAUCCCCGGAACUCGAGUAUCGCUUCAUUGCGCAUGCGUGCGCGAGAGCACAUCGGGCACUUGGAAAGGAAGUAUCUUGUGUAAGCCUCGGUUUGUGGUGUAGACGCUUGUGUGUUAAUUAUUGAAAAUGAUACUUUGUUAGAAACUCAGUGUUUAUGGUAGCAAAACUACUUAGAUCAACGGUCGAAUACAUCCCAAACAAGACCCAAUAAUGUGAAUUGUUGCUGUAUUUGUAAUGUGUGUUAAGCAAAUAAAUGUGUGGACCACAAU